AUGACUAAAUCAAACCGGAAAGGCAAGGUCGGCGAAUCGGCCACGCCAACCACCGCCGUCGCAAUCAACAGCGAGUCGAAACAUAUUGUCUGUUCAACGGAUAUAUCUGCAUGCGAUCUCAAGCACAACACGCCCAGCAAAACAACUGGUAAUUUCAAAGUCAAAGAUGUAUCAAAAGGCCCAGAAGCAGUGCGUACAUUAGCAAUGGAGGUAGAGCAAUGGGAUGGCCAGGAAUCAGGCGGUGGCAUUAUCAGAAGGAAUGUACUGAUAUUCGUGUUUUUUUACUUACCUAUGAUCGGAUUUAUCAUCGGGACUACAUACUUGGCUGUAAAGCUCGCCAAGGAUAGACCGCCGCGAAAACCGCCGCUAGUAUGGAAGAAACCAGCCAAAGACGACAUUUUUUGCUUGCUAGUGAUCCCACCCCUGACAUACGUGACUAACAUGCUCACAGCCAAGUAUUCUCCACGCGUGCAUGGGGUCAAGUUCAUACAGAGUAUUGAGCUCUUUAUUGUCGGACAGAUCUGGGCUGCAAUGUCCAAUCGCGUGGGGCUUAUGUACGUGAUGUUUAUCAAAGGCAAUUAUACACCCAAUUAUAAGAUAUUCUUGCUCAAGGCCGUCCUAAUUGUGAUGGUAUUCCAGGAGCUUCCCUUUAUUGUCGCUAUGACCGUGUCCUUCCCAAAGUACACGUGGAUGAUCAAAUGGGGUGCAUUCACAUACGCGAUGAUAACGCUCUUCGAGAUUGCGGUUUAUGUGGUGAGAAUGGGCAGUGUUGUUCGGCUGUUCGUAGACUUCGAAAAUGUUGUGCGAAUGAUGGUUAUGCAGGCAAUUUUGCUUAGUAUUGGUAUAACACUGUAUUACCAGUUCCCUGAUGGCAGGGCAUUCUUUCGAUACAAUCAGACGAUGGUUCUUGUAUGGCAACUUAUCUUCGAGAUGUUUGGAUCCAAUUUGUGGAACGAAUUUGUAUUCUUUUUCGGGUUGAAAAGCUGUAUCAUCGGCCAGAACAAACUUAUCUGUAAGGCGUAUGACUUGGUAGAUCCGCGUGGACGUCUGGAUUCCAUCCUAGACGAUGAAGAGCUGUACCCCAUCCUACUCAGAAUAGCACGGGCCAGAUAUAUGGACGAGAACUUCAUGUUUCUUCAUGAUACGAGGGAUCUCAAAGGACGAGCAGGGUCGGAGCAAGCAAAGCGCUUGCGUAAUGGAGAUUUAGAGGCCACGAGCGCAGCUAACGCUCGCGUGCAAACUGUACUGCAGAACUACGUGGUAGUUGGUGCGGUGUACCCUGUUAACUUGCCGUCCCGGCUUUUGAAGCCAUUGCGAGAGCUCAAUGAGGAAGCACAGAACUUCCCAGCUACAAAUUUAUUAGCAGGCGAUACAGUGUGUGACCUGUUGUCAUCUGCACGUGCAUAUACAGCCUCGUUGAUUGAUCAGAGUCUUAUCAUGAAUGUGUUUUCGCAGCACAAGGAUGUGCUAGACGUAUUGGAAAGUAGGAGACACAGACUUAUGCUGUCCUGUGGUUCCGACGCAAAAUUGGCAGUACCUACCAGCAGGUAG